AUGAAGUGCUCGCUCAUCGUCUUCGUCGCCCUCGUCUCGAGUGCGUUCGCCGCUCCCCGAGCGCAACCGCAGCUCUCCAACGUCAUCGCGUAAGUAGUGAUAGUCAGAACCUCCUACGAACAAAAGACUAUCUGACCGACAUAGCCUCGACAUUCUGUAGCGGUGCCAAGGAAGAAGUCGUCCAAAGCGCGACAGACAGCAAGUGCGCUUCGCUGUGCGCCAAAUAUCAGACCGCGUCAACGUACGUUCACAACAGCCGUCAAAGCAUAGAUUAUUUCUUCAAGCACUUCCGUUGCCGUACUGAAAGAGUUUAUUGUCCUCCUGGCUCUCCAAUUGUUGCCCAACAGUCAGGCGUACUGCCCCAAGGUCUGCAAGGCCGCCGUCGCAGGAUGGGCGGCUGCGCAUGCGCAAUACAAGGCGUAAGCUCCGGCCUCGCGAGAAUUCGGAUGACGUGCUGGUAUCGACUCGGUCGUUGACCUUGACCCUUGACUUUGCUUCACACUCUACAGUACUUGA